AUGAGUCCAGUUCGUGAUGGUGGUAUCGAUGGAGAUGAUGACGAUAUUGCUGAUACAGUGUUGGAGACGGUGGCAGUGAUUGGUGGUGGUGUUGGUAUUGGUGGUGACAGUGACGGUGGCGAUGAUGUCGGUGUUGGUGGUGACAGUGGUGACGAUGUCGGCGUUGAUGAUGGAGAUCGUGGUGCCGACGACGCUGCCUUUGGCGACGAGCGUAGCGGCAGUUUUGACAAUGAUAGCGACCAGGACUUGUCUGAUACCGAUUAUGAGCCUUUUACGGACAACGAGUGUUUGGAUAGCUUGGAGCAGAGUGCGAUGUAUAGCGGGUACAAACGCAUACACGCCGUGAAAUACCAGGCAGUGACGACUCCAGAUGGCAUGAUUGCCCACUUGUUUGGGCCUGCCGAAGGCCGUUCGCACGACUUGACUUUGUUGGAAGCUUCUGAUCUUGAAGAGACCAUCAAGAAUGAUCACCGUUUCGAUGGUUAUUUAAUUUAUGAAGACCCCGCGUACGGUCAAACAGACGUGUUUGCAUCUCCUUUCUAA